UGGCAUUGAUGUGAAUUGACGAUAAUCGAGACCCUGGGCUGUCAGCCGGAGAGAUCCAUCGAGACAAGACAGGUUCUCCAUCACUUCUUCUUUCCACCACCCUUCAUGUCGCCUUCUUGAGGGGUUUGAGAUCAUUAUUCGACCAUGACUUCCGUUUGGAAGCGGCUUCAGCGUGUCGGGAAGAAGGCGUCCAAGUUCCAGUUUGCUGCGUCCUUUCACGAGCUGCUUGUAGAAUGUACUAAUAAAUGGCAACCAGACAAGUUGAGGGUGGUGUGGAUCCGAAGAAAUAGACGUCACAGCACAAAGCUCCACAGUUGGCAGCCAGGGAUUCAGAACCCUUACAGAGGUCUGGUGCUCUGGCAGGUCCCUGAGAGUUUGGACAUUACAGUGACGCUGUUCAAGGAGCCAGCUGCAGAGGAGUUUGAGGACAAAGAUUGGACUUUUGUCAUUGAGAAUGAGACAAAAGGGCGAAGGAAGGUGCUGGCCUCUGCCGAUGUCAACAUGAAGAAGUACGCUAGUGCCACACCAGCGCACUGCGACCUCGCACUCAAGUUGAAACCUCUGUCAGUGAAAGUGAAAGAGGCCACUCUCAAACUCACCUUGUCCUGCGUCUUUCUCAAGGAGGGCAAAGCGACUGAUGAGGACAUGCAGAGUCUGGCCAGUCUGAUGAGUUUCAAGCAGAGUGAUAUCGGGAAUCUGGAUGAUUUUAACGACAGCGAUGAGGAAGCAGCCGAGGAAAGAAGGGCAAGCUUUGGAAGUGGACAAGCUGGGUCUGGCUUAGCUUCUACAAGAGUACAUGACCUAGCUUGGAGGCCUGCUGUUGACUCGGGGCCCCAAGUAAAUACAGAGAUGGAUGGAAAAGGGUCUCUGGGCGUUUCCGCCUCCAUCUUUGUCCCUUCUCAUCGUCCUCUUCCUCAAUCCCAACACCCCCCAGCUGUCCAUAAGGCACCCCCCUCCCUCUAUGCGUACUCAUUGCCAGCCUUCACACAAGCUCACCCUCCUGCACUUCCCAAAAUCUUCCAGCCAGGCUGUGGAUCAGCUCCCAAACGGCCCCGUAGCUUCCACAGUGACAUCCCCACUGAAUUCUCCACCUUCAUGCUUUCCCAAUCGCCCUCUGAUCCCUCCCUCUCCUCUCCCACCUUCACUGAUAGCUCACCAACAGCUCCUUCCAGCUCCCGCCCUCUUUUACCUCUGCACGCUCCUGCUGCUCAAAGACAUCUCAAGGUUGUGGAGCAUGGCUCAACACUGACCAGACCCUCCAGUCUGCCCUCAGCCUCUGACACAGCUUCCUGGCAGAGUGAGUGGAGGCCUCCUAAAUGUCACACCCCUCUAGGACAGCCUGCUCUCUCACCAAAGUUUCUUCAUCCCGGGCAGCAGAGAGUGACACCAUCUUCAUCCUGUCCACCUGUCAGUCUGCCUCUUCAGCAACAACACGAGGGGGAUUCUGGAUGUGUGCCUUGCUGUAGAAGCCCACCACCCGCCGCCGUUGUCGACACCCCCUUCUGUCCUUCUAUAAGUUCUUCUUUUGUUUCUUCUCCUGCUCCUGCUCAGCUUCAUUUAUCUCAAAGUGCCACAGUCUUUCCCAGUGCCCAAGAUGCAGACUUGAAGAGACAGUUGAGCACGCUGAGUGAGGAAGACAACCAGUCCACCACACCCACAAGUCCUGAUCCCAGAAUUCCUGCUCCAUUUGAAGUCCAUGUUGUCAAGGCAUCAGCAGGACCUGAGAGCAUGGCCUCUCUUCUGCCCCUUAGCCCCAAAGCACACUUAGUUCAAGAUUUAAAGUAUUUUGAGAUGCCCAAACCGCAGCUGGAUCGUGAAGAAUCAAGACCACACAAGACAUGCCCUGACAUUCAUGUCAAAGCACAAAGCCAUGUGUCAAAGAUGUCCAUUAAAUUAGGGAAUGUUCACUCACCUAAUCCCCACCCUCCUCCAAUGUUGUACAUGCCCCAAACCAUGUCAGUCGUUGAUGCAAAGUGGACAGGGAGGAUCGGAGGGGACCAUAAAAUAGAUGCUUUGGGAGAUGAGAACAAGACCUCUACUUUGCCAAUGGUGCUACCAGAUGUUGUGUCCAAAACAGAGAGUCUUUCAGAAUUUGACUCCAAGUUGGAGCCAGCAACAAUCCCAUUUUUACAAGGAGAAAUUAGAACAGAGUCUAUGCAAAAGAAAGGAUGUGGAAGUUUUCCUGAAAGCACAAAGAAAGCACAUAUGUAUAUAUCCAAGAUAGAACUUGGUUCUCUCUCUGAUAUCGCAGCCAAAGUACAGCCUGAAGUGACAGUGAAAGAGCAAAAUAUGGUACAAUUGCACCCAAGUUUCCUUCAAUAUUCAAACGUUCCUGGCAUUCCAUCUAUUCAUCAGUCAGAGGAAGCUGUUGUAUCUUGGACUGCUGCUGAUAAGAGUGUAUUGGUCCAGCCAUUACCCAGCAAGAGACUGCCAUUGGUCAUCUAUUCAGACUGUGUGAGUGACAUCAAUAUGAUCAAACUGAUGGUGGCCACGUUGCCAACAAGUAAUACAAGCAUUGCUGCAAGCAAUUCCAAUAUGGUCAGUCUUCACCCUGUGUGCCCAGAGGGCACAGUGAUUGCAGGCAUGCCAUGUAGACAGAGUGUCAGCAGACAAGAAGAUGGCUGGCUACAUUUGAACAAAUCAAUUUCACACAAACCAAGGAGACCUCAAUUUUGUCUGGAACAUUCACAUGAGACCCUGAAAGAAGCAGACACAUCCAUGGUUCACAUGUUAUCUUCUUGUCCUAACAAGGCUUGCAGCUAUGGUCUACCUUCUGCCCCACGUCAGAAUGCUAGCAUGGCUAACUUUGUGGCUAUUUGCCCAAGAAAAAGCAACAUCAUUGGUUUUCCUUCCAAGGAUCCAUCCCUACAUGUAGAAAGCGAAGCUUGGAGUUUGGAUAAUAAUAUUUUGUGUGAGAAGUUCUCAAGGAAGGAAAGUGUGGUGACCCCUAGCUGCAAAGUGGUGGCAUCUUCAUACCAAAAUAAUGCCAAGCUGUUGCCCUCGUGCCCUCACAAGGCCAGAGUGCUUGGAUUCCCAUCAGCUCACAGAGCAACAUUGGCAUCUCAAGAAGCAGCCAUGGUCAAUGCUUUGCCCAGUUGUGCCAAGGAAUCUAGAGUUCCUGGAAUGCCGACUAGAAUUGGCACCAAACUGGAGUGGGCAAAGGACAGCUUUCUGCCAUUGCCAUCACGAAAGCAUGCGCUUACAUCACCUUUGGAAGACACUAAUAUUGUUGAAGGUGACUUGGUUAGAGAGAUGGUUUGCAUUGUGUCUUCCUGCCCACUGGAAGCCACCUCAGCUGGCUUCCCAUCACUGCAUUGGCACAAAGCACAUCGGACAUCAACUAUGAUCAGUCUGCUUCCAACAUAUCCAAAACAUUCCAGAGUCAGUGGGAUUCCCUCCAGAGGCCACAGUGGGUCUGAAUGGAAUGCUGAUAAGAGUUCACUCUGGGACAAACCAUCAGAAAAGCCAGGAAGGAUUUCAUCAAUACUCAAGUGUAAGAUAUCUUUAAAAGACAAGGCACUCCUUGCAGUGAUGGUAUCUAUGUUACCUCCUUGUCCCAAACACUCCACUGUUUAUGGAAUUCCCUUUAAGGUUGGCAAAGGACAAGAGGAUACUCCCAACAUGUUUAAAUCUAUUAAAACUUUCCCAAAACAUACUAAAAUUCCAGGUUUGUCAGCAAAGGAAAUUACAAUAGAAGAAUAUGACAGCUGGCGUGUGGAUUUGGGGACGCUUUGUAAAAAAGAAGUCAGUAGGAGGUUUACAUUCGUCUCUCCAAAUUUUCCACUGGAUAAUAUGUUUUCCAAGAAUGCAGAAAUUAUGCUCCGUAUGCUGCCAUCCUGUCCCCGAGAAGCACGCAGCUUUGGAUUCCCCUCUGCAGUGCGUCAACACAGUCAGAGCAUGGUGGACAUGCUGCCAUGUUGCCCCACACGCUCACAUAUUGCGGGGUUCCCAUCGAAAGACCUCACCAUUGCCAAUCACAACAUCUCCACUGUCUGGGGAAUGUUGAUGAAACUGCAAAAUUCUCCUCCUAAAAAUACAUACAAGACAAUCCUUUCCCUCCAACAUAAUCCUGACUGGAUGAGACCGUCAAAGGAAACACUUCCAAAUAUGGUCAAUAUGGUGCCAUCUUGUUCAAAGAAAGCUUCUGUCUUGGGAAUGCCAUCAACAUGUGUGCACUGUUUAGUACAAGAGGAGCUGCCAAUCAGAACUGACAUUAAAUCAUCUUUGGGGACAAUUAAAGGUGAACACAGUUUGAUCACGGUGCAAGUUGAGGAAGAAGUAACUGCUCUAAAAGCAGGAAUGCCACCUUUAACCACUGACAUGUUGUUGGUCAGUGCCACAGACAGAGAUGACCACAGGGUUUCACUGCAGGCAUCAUGCCAGGUAGAGGCCGGUACAUCAGUGCUGCCAUCCAGUCACAUAAGUAGUUGUGGACAGAAGAUGCAAGACGAAUAUCCUCUAUGUGAGCAUCUAGCAAAGGCAUCUACAGUCAACAGAAGAAUGGAGAUUAAUGAAGAAAUGGUUCAUGCACUUCCAUUUCUAUCUCGCACUGAUGAAGAAGUGAUCCUUAAUUCCUCAAAGGAAGAUACAAAUAUAUUUAAAUCAGAUGUUACUGAACAAAUGGAGCUGACUCCAAAUGUUUCCUACUUGGAGUACCAACAAGCUAUUCUCUUGGGGGCUUAUCCCAAUACAACAGUGAUCUCUGGCAUGCCAUCAAAGCUUGGCUUUAAUGACAAAGAGUGGCCAAUCAGAGAGUGGCAGCAUUGGAAGAAACCAUCUAAGAAACACAAUCAAGAAGUAUUUCAGCCAUAUAUGUUCAAGGACAUUGAGAAGAAUAAAGGGAUGGUUUCACUGUUGCAAACUUGUCCUGCAGAGGCCAGACAUCCUGGAUUCCCAUACAUAACACAACAUAGAAGAAUGGUAGUUCUUUAUCCCUGUUGCCCAAUAGUGUCCUCUGUUGCUGGCACAGCAUCUAUUUGUCAGGCCAAUGAUAGAUGUUGGUUAUCUCAGACAGAGGCACUUUUGGAGAAGACCACCAGGACUCUAAUGAUGAAAGAUAUUCCUGUAAAGGAUGUAAUGGAAGCGAUGGCAUUACUAACCCCAGCUUGUCCAAAACAAGCUUGUAUUCUGGGAAUUCCAUCUGCUGUUACACGGACAGUCAUCUUUAAUGGCUCUAGUGCAGUCAACCUUUUUCCAUCCUGUGCGUCUACCUCCAGUGUGGCUGGUUGUCCGUCUUUGCUCGAAGCAAACAGCAAAGACUGGGACACAAUAGGAAUGAGUCAUUCUUUAUGGAACAGAAGAAAGCAAGUGGAGUCGGGCUUAUUACUAGAUGACAGCAACUUGCUCAAACAUCUGAAAGGAGAGAUUUCUCUUCUUCUGUGUUGCCCAAAACGUUCCUGCAUUCCCGGUUUUCCUUCCGCGCAACAAGCUGCACUGACUGACUCAAGCAUGGUUAGUCUUGCAAGAUCAUGCCCAAAAACUUCAGCAAUAGCAGGAUUUCCAUCAUUUGAUCAACCAGAAGAGUGCAUGAUUAUCAAAGAGACACUCUUUAAUUCAAGAAUGUGUGGGAAAAAGGUGCUGUCCAUGGGAAUCUUUCCCAAAGACAAACGAGCUAUGAAAACAAUGUAUUCCCUUGUGCCAUCCUGUCCACAUGAGGCACGGGCACCAGGAUUCCCCUCUCAUCCAAAUCCACCAGAUGCUUAUUGUGCACCUAAUAUGAUCAGCCUCUACACACUGUGCUCCCAUGUUUCAAACAUAGCUGGAUUUGCAUCUGUGGAUGUAGAUGACAGCAACGGGUGGCUGAUAGUAAAGGAAGCGUUGCUAACGAGGACACCCAAGAAGGCCUUCAUACGUGAUAUGACAAGUAACUACAAGAGGCAAAUGAAAAAUAUGGUUUUCCUUGCUCCUACCUGUCCUAAAGCAUCAUGUAUAACUGGCCUUCCAUCUAAUCCACAUCCCACUGUUGUGCAUUCUGGACCAAAUAUAGUAAACCUCCUUCCUCUGUGCCCGCUACUUUCCACCAUUUUUGGAUUCUCCUCAGUUGAAGAUCACAAGGAAGAACGAUGUGUGUUAGAGCAGGGUUCAUUGGUGCACAGAGUGCAAAAGAACAUGCGGUUGCAGAUUAACAGCGUGCCAGUUCACAGAGACAAAGCCAACAACAUGUUUGCCAUGGCACCUUCUUGCCCACAAGCUUCCAGGAUCCAAGGAUUUCCCUCAUCACCUCAAAGCAAAACCAACAUGAUCAGUUUGCAAGCUUGCUGUCCAAAGUCUUCAUGUGUGAAAGGAUUUGCCUCCAUCACUACAAGCCCAGUCACAAGGUGGGUGAAUGAAACUAAGCCCAUCCUGAUCACAGCUCACAGGGAAAGGGCAGAAGUCAUUUUGGCACUUGCUGGACACAAACACAGCAAGAACAACAUGGUGAGAAUGUUAACAUCAUGCCCUAAAAAGACCAGCGUCCUUGGCUUUCCGUCUGCUGACGUUGUCAACAAAACACCACACAUGGUUAGUUUAUACACAUCUGCGCCAUGCAUUUCUUGCGUGCCAGGAUUCCCAUCAGCAAGGAUGCUUACCUUUGACACUUUGGAUCAAGCACACAACAACUCUUCCUUUUUGUUUGUUGAGCGGAAGAAUGAGAAGAGGAGGAUUUACAUUGCCAGUUAUGUCCCAGGAAGUCAUGAAUAUACACAUGAGGAAAUGAAGCACAUGUUAUCUCUUGCUUCAUCAAGUCCACAUCACACCAGAAUUCAUGGCUGGCCCAGUCAAUCACUCUUGGAUUCAACAAGGAAAGAAAGUGGAGAGGAAGCAAAACUGUCAUAUCAUAAAGAAGCUAAAAAUGUUGCAUAUGAGGAAAGAUUGAGAGGCACUGCAAGCCAUUCAUUCAAUGCUAACUGCAUCACAAUAGCAGCGAAACCACAGCAGAAACAAUUGGACACAUCAGAGCCAGAGGGAGUCUCAGGCUGGGAAGUACUGGAGUUAGAAGGAACACUAAUUGGAAAACAGGCACAAUCUUCUUCACCUGCCAGAGAAGAUGAUACUUCGGGAUUAGUACAAACUAUUGUGGGUGUUCUCCAUAAAGGUUAUGAAACUGUAGCGUCAAUGUUGGGUCCGUCCGGCUCUGCUGUGGAUGAAAGUCCUCUCCCACUGAAGGCUUUGACUGUUAAGCCUUUACAUGAUGAUAUGUCACCACAGCGUUGUGUGGAUACAACAAGCAGCAUGAAAGAGCUUGUUCUUGGAUAUGACCACUUUGAGGACUGUAUACUCUGUCCUUCUGCUGGGCAACCACAAGAUCAAGUUGUUCCUCCAUCACCAAAUGCACACAAUGAUGAUGGAUUUCUGAUGUGUGUGACUAUGAAGAAAUGGCCUCCAUUGACUGAGGCAGACUUGGCUGGGAUGUCAAUGGAGGAUAGAGAUGCGGAAAAUCAAUGUUCUAAAAGUGAGCAGGACUUACCAGUGUCCACUGGCAGCGUCUUACUCAGCCACCAGACUACCAGGGAGCUUCCAACAUUGUCCAAACUGGACGGAGGGCCCCUAGAAGCAAGUUGUGAUGAAAGCACCCUACAUCCUCCAUUAAGUCAAUUAUUGACUGAAAUUCUCAUAGAAGCAACCUCUGAUGAUCAGAAUUUUUGUACAGUUGUCUCUCAGAAGGAGACAACUGUAGAAGAUAUUCGACAAGGAGUGUGUGAACAAGAGGGGCCAGACCACAAUAAGAAUUUGGAUGGACUGUCUGAGGUUAUUCAAAUCCAGUCUUGUGCGAUAACGCCAAAACAACCUGCCACACACGUUUCUGUUUCUUCUGGUAGAAGCCUUCCUGUAGAUGUGAAUGAAAGUUUCCAUCAACAAUUUGAUUUGGAAAGAGUAGAUGGUAGGUUGCCUCAGAAACAUGUCCCAAGCAAGCCUGUGAGAAGAAAAGACAGUGUAACCGCUGAAAUAGCUCAUUCCAACAAUGAGGCACUUCCUACUCCACAUGGAAACAUCAAACAAGAUGAUUGUGAAUCUGAUGCCCUACAGGCAGACACAGAAAAGGAAGCGAUGACUCCAUCUGUCCAUGCUCAAGGACCUUCCUUUUCAGAAACAAAGGAACUUCAGUGCAUCACACUAAAACCAGAACUGCCAGAGCAGAUUGAGGUCGAACAACAUGCACCCUUCUCCAUUAUCAAAAAGAUUGGUCUUAAACAAAUUGGCAGGAAAUGUCAACCCAUCCCAAAGCCUCGUGCCAGGAAAUAUCUUAGUGCCGCUUUCUCCGAUGACAUCACAGCAGCAGAACAAAGAAAACCUCAGGCUGCAGGUGAUGAAACCUUAUCAUGGAAAGAGGAUGUGUCAAUGGUGCAUUUGAGGAGAAGCAGACUACAAGUAGAAGACAGUCCACCAGGAGCCUCAAAAUUUCCUGUACCGAAACCAAGGGUCAAGAAACGUCUCAGUGCUUCAUUUUCAGAUGAGACGACACUAUUUUCCUUGUCAGACAGCGCCACUGACAUCUCUGAACAACAUUUUGACCUUCACCAACACGACCAGUUACGCUUGCCUGUUCCGCUGCCUCGAGCCAAGAAACGCCCACCACCUACAGACAUCUUCUGUCCCUUAGAGGUCUCUGAAGCUUCAACAAAGCAAGCAAGUGUGGUUGGAUCAGCGUUACAUGGUCCAAAAAAUGUGUUUAUAUACAAAGAAGGGCUUAGAGAAGAAUACCCAGUGGAUGCUGUGGUCCAACGCUGCAAGCCAAGUAUGAAGAUCUCUUCAAUUACGUUCUUUGAGGACGACAGCUUACAUGUACAACACCAUCAAGAAAGUGAGUCAGUUGAGUCUGAGAAGGCAGUGAUGAUCGAAGACUUUGAGUCUAUACAUGUUGCUGCUGUCAGGAGCAGUUUGCACUCAGGUGACAGCAAGGCCCAACAAACAUCAACUCCCGCAAAACCUCAAGAUGGCUCGGCCUCUUCAGAAAAAAUUUGUGGCAGUCCAAGCUUGGUGAAGUCCAGUCAGUCUCUACUGAAGUGGUGCGAGGAAGUGACUCAGGAUCACAAAGGGCUGAGGAUCACCAACUUCAGCACCUCCUGGAGGAAUGGUCUGGCUUUUUGUGCCAUCUUGCAUCACUUCCACCCGGAGAAGAUUGAUUAUGAACUACUGGACCCAUAUGACAUCAAGCACAACAACAAAAAGGCUUUUGACGGUUUUGCUGAGCUGGGAAUUUCUAGGCUGAUGGAGCCUUCCGAUAUGGUCAUGCUACCAGUGCCUGACCGUCUCAUCGUCAUGACGUACCUCAGCCAGAUUCACGCUCAUUUCAUGGGCCAGGAGCUAAGCGUGCUUCACAUUGACAAAGAUGCCAGUGAGUCCAGCUACGCGCUAACGACCGAGCGAGAGGGCCAAGAGGACCCUGAGGCGACCGUACGCUACUGCGCCCAGAGGCUUCAGGAGGAGGGCAUCACUCUGGAGACCAACGGCUCCACCAGCUCAGCCAAAGACAGUGAAAGCAACAUGGAUGUCCUUCCAACGCUCAAAAGCAAAUGCCCACAAGUGUUGUCUGGGGGCUGUGACGAUCCGUCACCGGUCGCACCGCCAAGGAUUCACUUCCUAUCCAAGUCCACUUUCUCUCAUGUUAGAGACGCAGAUCUGCUCAGGAAGUGCAGGUCUCAGAGGAGGAGCGCAUCUGAGGAGGACGCAGACUCAUCAAUGGCUACUACAGGACAACAAAACAGUGGAAGCAUCACAACAGAGAUGACAGCGACUGAGGAGGAAAAAUCAGAAGGCCAGGACCCCAGCCAGUAUGUUCUCAGUCAAAUGGAAGCCCUGGAAGCAGAACAAAACCACAUAGAUAGCAGAGCUGCAGUUGUGGAGAGGAGGCUCAGACAACUUAUGGAAACAAGCAGUGACAAGGAGCAAGAGGAGCGGCUCAUUCAGGAAUGGUUCACGCUGGUCAACAAGAAGAAUGCAUUGAUCAGACGGCAGGAUCACUUGCAGCUGCUGCUGGAGGAGCACGAUUUGGAAAGGAGGUUUGAGUUGUUAACCAAAGAGCUGAGGGAUAUCAUGGCCCUUGAAGAGUGGCAGAAGACAAUGGCGCACAAGCACAGGGAACAACUGCUGCUCCAGGAGCUGGUGUCACUGGUCAAUCAGAGAGACCAGCUGGUUCACAGUAUGGACGCAAAGGAAAGAGGAGCUCUGGAGGAAGACGAGCGCCUGGAACGAGGCCUGGAGCAGCGCAGGAGGAAGUAUGCCCAACAGCAGAAGGAAAAGUGUGUCAUCCAGUGAUCGUCAAACAUGCUGCGGUGGGUCCACGAGGCACUUUGGUGUCAUAUCGCUGCCUCUGUGCUUCUGUGUAUGACUCCACUUCAUGACCAAAGAUUGACAUGAUUUCAGGAUGAAAUCUUAUUCAAGUGCUGCUGUUGUUGGGAAGUGCCUUUUAAGACUGAGCAAGUAACUCAAUUUUAAAUGUUAAGCGUGAUUAUGCGACUCGGUUUUAGUGCCAGUACAUCCACACGAGUUGAGAAACAUAGGACAGUUCAGGAAGCAAUGUAUUAAGUAUUUAGCCAAAAUAUUGCUUGUUACUUUUCUUAUAAUGGCAAUCAUAGUUUACAAUGUCCUCAUAGGAAUGUUGCCACUUCAUCAUUUUUCAAUUAUUGAUUGGAUGCCUGUAGUUCAGCGUAACCAUCGAUGGAUGGCGCCAAACGCUACAUUUUCACACUUGAGACAUACAUGCUGAAUUGAAAAAAGAUACUGAUGCACCAUGCACCGAUUUUCCAUUAUUACACUGAAAACUGAUAUCGGACAACUUUAACUUAAAAAAAAAAAAAAAAAAUUGCCCAAAGUGAAGAAACUGUUGUAUGUGUUACAUAAUAUAUGUAAAACUGCAUUUCUUGAUUGUGCCUUGUUACGAAUGGUGAAUGCUGAAAAAAGGAUCUCCAUUCUUUUUAUGUGCCUUUUUAAUUCUAGAUAUUGCCUCAAACAACCUUACAACCAUUUUUUGCCAGUUUGUAAGUCUAUUUAUGGGUUUGGAGGCAGAGAGCAUGCAUAGACCAAGUGUUAACGCAUGUAUAGUAAGUUUAUUACGUUAACAUCAACAGCAGCCCAAAUCACUUUAACGGCUGCAAACAGGAGGAUAAGUGCAAGGAAUGCAGGCUAAAGUUGUCUGUAAUUUAUUGGAUUCAUUUAAGAUUUUACUAUUUAUUUCACGUGUGUCACCUGCAGAUGUGUCAUUUUCCUUCUUUGAACUCAAAAUGCGCACUCCUUAUUGCAGCAUUGCACCUUAAAAGUGACAUAGGAACUGCACACGUACAAAUGAUUAAUCAUGUAUGAGACAUUUGGUAAUCAUCUGGUAAUGGCAUCUUAUACAUGCAAGUCAGGAGGCUUGAAAAUAAGAUCUGUUGUGAAUGAAAGAAGUACAGUCAGCCCUCGUUUGUUGCAGUUAAUUGGUUCCAGACACUACUGUGAUAAGUGAAUUUCCACAAAGUAGGAUUCAAUAGCAUAGAGCAUAGAAAACCUGUUUAGGACUUUUUAAAUACAGGUUUAAACAUUAUUAGAGCCCUCUACACAUGAAAUUAACCCUAUUAUUAUUAUUAUUAACCCUAUUUACAUCACAUUGCACAGGCUAUGGUAUCACUGCAGGAACAUAAGACGUGGGACAUAGCAAGCUAUUGAGUUCACUAGUUAGCCUCUCCAAUUUACUUAUUCUAAACUUAAGAAAGUGGGGAGUGAGCAAGAAGGACAAAGAAGACAAAAAAAGCCAACUUACCACUUCCACACAGAAUGAGAGGAGAACCUUUUUUUCCCCCACUUGAUCUCAGCCAUGGCAUGUCGGCUCAGCUCUGCUGGCUCAGUACCCAGUCUCCAUGCAGUGUGAAAGGUAAUGUGAUUUAAUGUCAUGUCUCAUAACAUUACUGAUGCCUAGUGACCGAAAUACUACAUAUAACUUGUCUUUCAGUAUUUUUUUUUACUAAUAAUAGGCCAUGGUCAACCACGGAACAGCGUUCAUUUGUUAAUUAAUUAUUUAAAAAAACAACCCGAUUAUAGUGAGGGAGUGAUAUUCGAACCGCAAUAAAGCGAGGGGCGACUGUAUUCUUCAUUGUCAAAGGUUUGUUGCUGUUUUGCUUGUUCAGAAGAAUACAGACUGUGACUUUCAGGUUUUUUCCAUCCUUUAUUUGCACAUUUGUCAUGUUUUUAAAAGAUUUCUGUGCUUGCACAACUCUGCGAAUUGUUUGCAUUAAAUAUAUCUAUUUUAGUGUGAUUGCGCCUUCUCCAGAGUGAUGGAUUUGAUUGGCAGACACAAGCAUUGGGAGGUUGGACUAAGGUGGGGCUAAAGAGAAAUGAUUGCACACAUUUCCCAUCAUGUCAGCUCUUUUUGGUUUGAAUGUUUCCUUUCAAAAGAAAUUGUGAAAGAUAUAAAUCCCUAUGAAAAAAGAGGGAAAAAAAUGAAAAGAGGAAGUUUUUUUUCUUUUUGGGUUUAAAAAAGAUUGUAGGACAAAAGUUUAAAUGACUUUCAAAGCAUGUUAUUUGAAUUUGUUUCAACAACUGGUAGGACUAAUUACUGAUGAACAAAUUGCAUUUAACUUUAUUGAGCUCUUAAUUUAAAUCAUUUGAAAAAUUGCAUUAUUUUAACGUUAAAAUAAAAUGUUAAGUACUAGCUGUGUUUGUCUUUUUACAUUUUGUUUAUUAUUAUUAAUAUUCUUGACUUCUCUGUCGUAUUUGCAUGUUCUUGAGAAGCAGUAUGAGAUAUUUACAGGAAGUUCCUUGAAAGGGGGCCUCAGAGGCAUAUGAGUCACUUUGGGGAAGAGCAGGCGGUGUAUGUAAGUGUCAUUGGCGACUUCUUGUCAUAAACACUUUGUGCAACAUGGCUGAUUGUUACACUGUCCUGAAUUGCGUGUCAACUUUAAUCCUCUUGUGGAUGCGGAUGUUACGAGCACACCAACCAGAAGAAGGUGAGUGUUGUGCGACUGUGGUAUUUCAAAGAGGAAAAAAGUGUUUCAACCUGAAUCCUCCUCCUGUUUAGUGGAACUGUUCAAUUCAGAGAAACAUAGUAGUUUCAGUUGGAUGUCUGAGCCCCGCAGAGCAGUAAGUUGGAGCACAUUUGUUAGAUGUGAAUUCACAUCACAUGCAUUUACUGAUAUCUCUCCUGUCUCUCUCAGUGGAAUGAGAUCCAGCUGAGACAAGUUCCGGUUCUUCAAGCGUGCGGGAAGCAAAGAACAAGAACUAUUUUAAGUCAAUGGAUGGAGCGUAAAGAUGCUCGUCACCU